CAGCAGAAGACCACCGCAACGAGAGCAGAGCAGACAGCAUCACAGCAGGGCAGGAUGGUGAAAACCUGGCCACCUUUGACUCCACAGUGGCGCCUCGGCAAGUGUACCACCGACCAUCAUGCCGCAACCGCAUGUUGCUUUUCCUCCGCCACCUUCUUUACCCGGCUCACUCCCAGUCCCAAUGGCAGCAGCGCUUUUGUUCUUCCCACCCGCUGCCCAAAGAUCCCACCUUUGUAUCUCAUCCUCCAUGGAGCCCCACAAAACCGCCGCCUAAAGCUCCCUCCCUUCUUCCGCCAAUGGCCGCCGCCGUCACAGUAGUGUUCGUGGCGUUCUUGGCGGCCCUGCCGCUGGGGGCGGAGGCCGCGGUGGGGGUAAACUGGGGCACCGUGUCGGCGCACCGCAUGCCGGCGCCGGUCGUCGUGGAGCUCAUGCGCGCCAACCGAAUCGCCAAGGUCAAGCUCUUCGACGCCGACCCGGCCGUCCUGCGCGCGCUCGCCGGAAGCGGGGUACAGGUCAUGGUGGGCAUCGGCAACGAGAUGCUCGCGGGCAUCGCGGAAUCGCCCACCGCUGCCGAUGCCUGGGUCGCGCACAACGUAUCGCGGUACGUCGGCGGCGGGGGCGGCGUCGACAUACGAUACAUUGCUGUGGGAAAUGAGCCUUUCCUGACAAGCUAUCAGGGACAAUUCCAGUCAUAUGUUCUUCCAGCAAUGACCAAUAUUCAGCAAUCACUGGUGAAAGCUAAUCUUGCCAGCUACAUAAAGCUAGUUGUCCCAUGCAAUGCUGAUGCUUAUCAAAGUGCAUCUGUUCCAUCACAAGGAGUGUUCAGGCCUGACCUCACUCGGAUUAUGACCCAGCUCGCUGCUUUCCUCAGUUCAACUGGGGCUCCAUUCAUGGUCAAUAUCUACCCCUUCCUCAGUCUUUACCAGAGCUCAGACUUCCCGCAAGAUUACGCAUUUUUUGACGGAUCUAGUCAUCCAGUUGUGGAUGGGUCAAAUGUGUACUACAAUGCUUUCGAUGGUAAUUUCGACACACUAGUUUCUGCUUUGAGCAAGAUUGGCUAUGGACAACUACCAAUUGCAAUUGGUGAGGUAGGUUGGCCAACUGAAGGAGCACCUAGUGCAAACCUGACUGCAGCAAGGGCAUUCAACCAAGGCCUGAUCAGCCGUGUUUUAAGCAACGAAGGAACUCCAUUGCGCCCAGGGAUCCCUCCAGUUGAUGUAUAUCUUUUCAGCCUUCUCGACGAAGAGCAAAAGAGCAUACUGCCUGGUAAUUUCGAGCGACACUGGGGAAUUUUCUCAUUUGAUGGGCAGGCCAAGUACCCACUGAAUCUUGGACUAGGUAACCCAGUUCUGAAGAAUGCCAGGGAUGUCCCAUAUCUUCCACCGCGGUGGUGUGUCACGAGCCCUGGUCAAAAUCUUAACAAUGUAGAGAAUCACUUAAAGCUUGCUUGCACUAUGGCUGAUUGCACCCCUCUCUACUAUGGAGGUUUGUGCAACGCCAUUGGGGACAAGGGAAACAUCUCUUAUGCGUUCAACAGCUACUAUCAACUGCAGAAACAGGAUGCUAAGAGCUGUGAUUUCGAUGGACUUGGAAUGGUAGUUCACCUUGAUCCAUCCAUUGGCGAGUGUCGCUUUCUAGUUGGUAUAGAUGACAAUAGAGCGCUUGCAAUCUCAUCUUCUUCAGGCAGCUCGUCCCCGGUACGCUGCGGAUUGUGGAUUUUGACAUUCUGGGUACUUGUGUGGUUAAAAAUUGUGGGUUCUUUCUGAUGUCGAACAAGCUCUCUUGGGCAUGAUAUGCAUGUACUUGUGAGGUAGCUUCUAUCCAUGGAUUUUAGAUUUAGGAAAUGAGAAACAUUGCUAGCUGUAUAUGAUCAUUAGAAUGUUCUUGAGAUUGUGCUGUCCUAUUCUGCUGGCUGCAUGUUCAGGAUAGGAAAAAGAGCUCCCCUCUAGAUUGAAACGCAGAUUGGUAAGAGAUCAUUUUGUGACUCUAUUUGGCCUUACUUUUCGAGAUAAAUCUAUAUACGAUAAUCAUGUUUCCAGCC